ACCCGUCCGAAACAGACACUCCCACCACAAGAUGCACGUAAAAAACAGCGAUACGGAAUCUCCUCCAUCGCAGGAUAAGGUGCCUUCGUCCUGAACAUCGUCGUUCUUCCAUUCCCAACCUCCAGUUUCCACUCCAUCGUGAUGGCAGCCAAAUGCUACUCAGACUGGCCUCCCCUCCCCCCUCUCCAUCCAUCGAGACGAACAUCGCCCAGCACCUCCCUCUGCACGAUCAAGCGGCAGCUCGCAACUUUCGUCCUGCACUGCUCCAGGUCCUGCGCUUCCCCUGUUCUUGAGCCCAAGAAUUUCUCCGGUGAGCUCCAUGUCUUGUCUGCUCCGUCGCCGGCGCCGCCGGCGCCCGUGCCGCCGGUUCGGGACGCUCCGAAGCUCGGCAUCUCCAACAAGUUCAUCCGAGGCCUCUGCAGCGACCGGCAGACCGAGCAGCUCGCCUUUGAGUGCUAUAGGCGGGCUCUGCAGCAGCCGGAGUUCCGGCCGGACAAGAAGACGAUGAACGCGCUGGUGGUGCAGCUGCUCAGGGCCAAGCAGUGGAGCUCGCUGGGGCUUCUGGUCGAAGAUCUCAGGGCCUACGGUGUGCUCCCGGAGAGACGGACGUGCGCGCGGCUCGUGGCGAGCUGCGUCAGGGCGAGAAAGUUCGGUCUCGCCGACGUGGUGCUCGAGGUUCUCGAGGGGAAGAAGGGCCCAACCGCCGCCGUGUGCUUCAGCUCGGCGUUGCAGGCUUACAACAAGCUGCACAUGUACCGGAGCACGGUGCUGCUGUACGAGCGGAUGAAGGCGGCCUGCCUGUCGGUGAACGCCGACGCCUACCGCGCCGUUAUGGCGGCGUUGGGGGCGUUGGGCGAGCCGGACCUGGUGGCAUCGCUGUUCAAGCAGUACAAGGCUCGGAAAUGGUACCCCUCUGAAACCUGUCUCGAGACCUACACCAUCGCCUGCGACGCGCUGGGACGGGCAGGCAGGGCCUUGGAUGCGCUCAAGUGCCUGCGAGAGAUGGAGGCGGACGGCAUCUCGCCGAACGCCGCGAUCUACUCCUCGGUCAUCGGCGCUUUGGCAGAUGCCCGAGAGACGGCGUCGUCGGAAGACGUGUACCAUGAGGCGUGGAGGAAAGAUAUGCUGCGAGAUCCGGACAUGUUCCUGAAGAUGAUCAUCAUGCAGGUCGAGACCGGGCUGCUGGAGGACACGCUCGGCGUUGCGAAGGACAUGAGGGAGAUCGGCUUGAGGGUCACCGACUGCAUCAUGUCCACGAUUGUCAAUGGCUUUGUGAAGAGGAGAGGCCUGAAGCCAGCCAUCAGAGCUUAUGACAAGCUGAUCGGCUUAGGGUGUGAGCCUGGUCAGGUCACCUACGCCUCGGCGAUCAACGUGUACUGCCGGCUCGGCCGGAGCGACAGGGCGGAGUCCGUCUUCUCCGAGAUGAUCGACCGGGGCUUUGACAAGUGUGUGGUGGCAUAUGGUAAUAUGAUCUCCAUGUAUGGGCAGAUCAGGAGAGCGUCGGACGCCACGAGGCUGCUCGCGCUGAUGAAGCAGAAGGGGUGCGAGCCCAAUGUCUGGGUGUACAACUCCCUCCUGGACAUGCGUGGCAAGCUUGGAGAUUCCAGGCAGGCUGAGAAGAUCUGGAAGGAGAUGAUGCGGCGCAAGGUCCAGCCUGACCGGGUGAGCUACACGGCCAUCAUCGGCGCGUUCAACCGGUCGGGAGAGCUUGAUCGCUGCAUUGAGUUCUACCAGGAGUUCAAGGAGACUGGGGGGAAGGCUGACAAGACCCUGGCUGGUCUCGUGGUAGGGGUGUUCUGCAAAACCAGCCGGUUCAACGAGCUUGUCCAGCUGCUGAGGGACAUGAAAAUGCAGGACAUAAAGCUGGACAGGAGGUUGUACACGAUCGUCCAGAACAGCCUCCGAGAAGCCGGACUGGAGGUUCAUGUGAGGUGGCUCCAAACUUAUUUCAGUUCAAUGGAGGAGAAAACUUGAUGUCACACUCCAGGAGUGGGUUCCUGGUGUUCAUCUUCAGCACCGGAACAUGGCGAUUGGGUGUCUUGAAAAGGCACUGCUCUGUAAAUUUGAAGCAAAAUAGGUAAAUAUUUGCUUGCCCGAUGCUCCUUGAAGCUUACAUGCUUGCGUUCCUCAGGCUCAGUCCUUCCCUGCAUCAUGAAGCAUUAACACUGUAAAUGUAUUUUAGAAUGUGCGACCUUUGUAUCACCAAAAUGAUCUCAUUCGAGAUUUCUCGGAUAAGCUGUAUAGCUCAAUAAUCAAUUCUGGAUUAAUGUUAAAUGUAAAAUGAUACUCGUGUACAGUUGUACUAUAGCCCACCGUGGAGGCGGAUGUAACUUAACAUUUCACAGAUGCUCACAUUGGGCUUUUUAUAUUAUUAAUUUUUAUUUGAA